UUUUAUUUAAUAACAAAUAAAGUGCUUUACCUUCCUCUUGUAUGGAGGUUUCACAUCAUUUUGGCGCUGACUUCAAACUCGGACACAACCAGAAGAGGGCGACAGAACAACUUCCGCUUUCAGUACGGCGGACCAAUCAGCUUCCGGAACACUGGACGAGUGGGCGGGACCGCACCAAACGCAAACAUGGCGGCGUCCUUAGACGAUGAUUUUGAGUUUGAUAACCAGGACUACUACUCUCUACUCAACGUCAGGAGAGAGGCUACAUUGGAGGAACUAAAGGCGUCAUAUCGGAGGCUGUGCAUGCUCUACCAUCCUGACAAACAUCGAGACCCAGAGCUGAAAAGUCAGGCUGAACAGCUUUUCAACCAGGUGCACCAGGCAUAUGAGGUGCUGAGCGAUGCUCACUCCAGAGCCAUCUAUGACAUCUUUGGAAAGAAAGGGUUGGAGGUGGAAGGCUGGGAGGUGGUGGAGAGGAAGAGAACUCCAGCAGAAAUUCGAGAGGAGUACGAAAGGCUGCAGAGAGAAAGAGAAGAGAGGAGACUGCAGCAAAGAACUAACCCCAAGGGGACCAUCAGCGUGGGUGUGGAUGCAACAGACCUGUUUGACCGCUAUGAUGAGGACUUUGAAGAGAUGCCAGGAGGAGGAUUUCCUCAUAUUGAAAUUAACAAGAUGCACAUUUCCCAGUCCAUAGAGGCUCCUUUGACAAACUCUGACACAGCCGUGCUUUCUGGUUCGCUCUCUACGCACAAUGGAAACGGAGGGGGCAACAUUAACAUGACCGUACGAAGGGUUACGUCAGCCAAAGGCUGGGGAGAGGUGGAGUUGGGUGCAGGAGACAUACUUGGACCUCUCAUUGGAUUAAAGGUGUUUCGUAACCUCACUCCACGGUGUUUCUUGACAGCCCAGUGCGGUCUGCAGUUCUCUCCUCGAGGAUUGCGGCCGAGCUGUUCUCUGAUGACAGCACGCCACCUGGACCAGAACACCAUGGGUUAUCUGCAGUGGCGCUGGGGGCCCAAUAGCGCCAUGACCACCAGCCUUGUCCGAGACACAAAGAGCAGCCACUUUACUCUCGCUCUGCAGCUUGGUGUACCUCACUCCUACCUGAUGAUGAGCUACCAGUACAAGUUCCAGGAUGAAGACCAGACCAAAGUGAAAGGCUCUGUGAAGACGGGUUGGUUUGGUACUGUGGUGGAAUAUGGAGCAGAGAGGAAGAUCAGCCGACACAGUGUCCUGUCAGCCACUGUCAGCAUUGGGGUCCCUCAGGGAGUCACACUCAAGAUCAAGUUGGCACGUGCCAGUCAGACGUACCUGUUUCCAGUUCACCUAACAGAUCAGCUGCUGCCCAGUGCUGUCUUCUACGCCACUGCGGGACCCCUGCUGAUCUACAUGGCCGUCCACAGACUGAUCAUCAUCCCAUAUACACGAGCACAGAAAGAGGAAGAGCUGGAGCUUCAGAGGAAGAGCUCAGCCACAGACAUCGCCAAGAAGAAGCAAGAGGCAGAGUCCGCUGUUCUGCUGAUGCAGGAGUCUGUGAGGAGAAUCAUAGAAGCUGAAGAAUCCAAGAUGGGUCUGAUCAUCCUGAAUGCCUGGUACGGAAAGUUCGUGUCAGACACCAGCCAGAAGCAGGAGAAAGCAAAGGUCAUCGAUGUCACUGUGCCUCUGCAGUGCCUGGUCAAGGACUCCAAACUCAUUCUCACCGAGGCCUCUAAGGCUGGGUUGCCAGGCUUCUUCGACCCCUGUGUAGGAGAGGAGAAGAGUCUCAAAUUACUGUACCAGUUCAGAGGUGUCAUGCACCAAGUCAUCUCUGCAGACACUGAGUCACUACGGAUACCCAAGCAAUCUCACAGAAUUGAGUCCGAGUCCUAGGAGCCCAGCACUGAUGUAGCACCAGAGGGCAAAAUGCACAUAAAACAGACUGUGUAAACAGAAGAACAAGAACGGAGAGGGGCACAUCAACAAUAAGUCUGUUUCUCUCCUCUGGUGCUCUUCUGUCAUGGUAGUAGUGAAUCUGUUUAUCCUCCACUCCUCCCUCUCCUGUGGGCCGUCUCCGAGGUUCAGCAGAAUACAGGAGUCAGCUCAGAGUUUCUACAAGGUGUUGCCCUUUGUGUCUCUAGUCUGCUACAUCUGACAGGGCUGCUCGGAUAUCUGGCUGCUGCAGGAGAUCAGACACUGGCCCUGAACAUAGUUUUUUAGUUCUACACAGAGGGACUGAUGUCAACGGUGAGCUAAAAGUGCACAUGAAUUUAAAGAUGUUUCUUGACAGUUGACAUGUCAAGUAUAUACAGAUGAGCUGUGCUGUAACUUUACCCCACAUAUCAUUGUUGUCUGUGUCCUGGAUGUGUUUCAUCCCAGUAGGUUUGAAUCUAAUAAUGUCCCACUAACUCGUGCAAAUGUUUAGAGUAACACUAUGCAGGAUCAUGUCUCAGUGACCCUGAGGCUGGCCAGGACUGAGGAUUAAUUGCAUUACUCAUGUUUUUUGU